AUGUAAUAAUAGAAUUAAUCCUUUAAUAAUUUAGAUGAUCUCUUAAAAAGCAACUUAGAAGAACUAAGCCAUCUUAGAUUGAAACUAAGUAAUAGUUCUUUUAAUAACCUAUCUUUGCUAAAAUAUCGUUUAACUAAGUUUUCAGGAAUUCAAAGCCUCAAACUAAAUUUAGAGAGUUAAGAUAUUUAAGAUUUCCAAUUUAAAAAAUUAGUUGAAAUUCUACCUCAUUUUAAAAGCUUAAAUACGCUGUGCUUUCAUUUACCAAAAAACAAUAUUGAGGGGUAUUCAUUAUUUGCUCUCAAGAUAUACUUGUUAAAUUUGAGAGACCAGCUGACUAACUUAAAUAUUGAAAUGGGGAGUAAUUAAUUAAAUGAUGAUGGAGCAUGUGCUUUAGGUGAGUGUUUAAGGAACUUAAAUAACCUAAAAGAAUUAGAAUUAUAAUUAUACAUAAAUAAUAUCACUGAUUUAGGAGCAUCAAGUAUUGGAAUUGGUUUGGCAAACUGCACUCAGAUUACAACCUUAAUGUUGUAGCUAUCUGAAAAUCAAAUUGGCGAUGAGGGAGCAUAUAAUAUCGGAUUAGGCUUAAAAAACUGCAUAAAUUUGAAAAGUUUAACAUUAUACUUAUACACAAACGAAAUCGGUGAUAGAGGAGCUUCAAGUAUUGGUAAAGGUUUAGGUUGUUGUACUUAAAUAACAAAUAUCAUAUUUGGAUUUUGUGAAAACAAAAUUAAAGAUGAAGGAGCAGAUUCCAUAAGUUAAGGAUUGAAUAAUUGCUAAAAUUUGAGUGAAUUAAAAUUAGAUUUAACAGAGAAUUAAAUUGGUGAUAGGGGAGCAUCAAGUAUAGGAAUAGCUUUAUGUAAACUCCCUCUACUUACAAAUGUAUAUUUGUAUUUAACAGACAAUCACUUUGGCGAUAAAGGAAUUUCCUAUUUAGGGAUAGGUUUAAGUAACUUAACAAACAUUAUAACUUUAGAGCUUUAUUUGUGCCUUUAUGUUAUUAGUGAUGCAGGAGCUCAUGCUAUCGGAGCUGGCUUAAGCAAAUGCAUAAAUCUACAAAAUUUAGAAAUAUUUUUGACAAAAAAUUAAAUUGGCUCUAACGGUGCUUCAAGUAUUGGAUUAGGUUUGAGUAAAUGCACUCUACUAACAGAUAUUAAAUUGUAUUUAAGAGAAAAUAAAAUAGGAGAUGAAGGAGCCUAUGAUAUUGGAAUAGGUUUAGGUAACUGCAAAAAUCUCAUAAAUUUAGACUUAUCUUUUACAGAUAACCUUAUUGGAAUGAAGGGAGCAUCUGGUAUUGAAACUACUUUAAAUAAAUGUUCCUAGUUAUAAAAUCUAUAGCUAUACUUAUCCAAAAAUUUAAUUGGCUAUGAAGGUGCAGUUGCUAUAGCAAAUGGUUUAAGCUAAUGCAAAAAUUUAAAACAUUUAGGAUUGUUUUUAUCAGAAAAUUAAAUUUAAGAUACAGGAGCAUCUAUUAUUGGAUAAAGCAUUGGCAACUGCCUGCUGAUUCAGAAAUUAAAGUUACUUUUAAAAUAAAAUAACUUUGGUGAUGAAGGAGUGAUCGCUAUUUCUUAAGGCCUAAGCAAUUGUAAAAGUCUCUCUAAGCUUAUCAUAUGUUUAACUGAAAAUAAUAUAACUGAUUAAGGAUAUCAAAAAUUGGAUGAAACUUUUAGUAAUUUAAGCACCUUAUCUUUACUAGAAUGUUAUUUCAGUGAGAGAGAAAAAUUACUAAAAUCAAAUAUGAUGCUUAAUUCUAAAAGUUUAAAAGAACUAAUAAUUGACCUUACGUCUUGUUAAUAGAAAGAGGAUAAAUUUUAUCAUAUUAAUAAAGCUUUAAAAAUCAAAAGAUUAGUUAAACUAGAAAUUAAAUUAUAUUGA